UCAACUCAACAGGAACUCCAUAUAAAUUAUCAUUCUUCACUGCAUAAUGGCCUCCAGCAUAGCCACUAUUCUCAUCCUCCUCCUCGCCUUCCAAUCGAUAUUUGCCUGUGUCAAUUGCCAGCAAUUUGAAUCUGAUGUUCUGGGACUGGAUGGAAACAUCAUAGAAGACACUAACUUUGACCUCAUCAAACAAGUGUGCAACCUCCUGGACAAUGUUGAGCUUAUCCGUACUGCAGAGGAUGAGCUCUCGACCGACCAUCAAGCAGUCAUUGAAGUCGGGGAGGCUCUUAAGUCCACCAUGCAAACCUGGUUGGAUGGUUUCCCCGCUCAACAGGCUGGCGAGCAGGGUACGGAGGACAGACUAGCAGCUCUCUGUGUUCGAGCCACUGCAGCUGUUAAGGCAACCAACCUUUGACUUAAUAGAUAGUUUUAUAGCUCAAUUUUUUCCGAG